CUGAUCCAUUGCAAUAUGAAAAGCUGCAAACAGGACGAGCCGAGUUCGUCCCCUCUCUCUCCUCAGACAUGGACCGUCUUUGAUGACAGAGUAGCUUUACAACGAUUGAUCUCUAGGUCUCGGUUGCCCUGCCAUAUGAUCUCCUAGCAACCAGGAGGUGUCGAUGUCAUCACAAGGGGACGAGCAGGCGGCUGCAGGUGCGUAGCAGGGGAAUGCUGUACCUCCAUGCUGAUUGCAACAGUACUGUUACCAGUUGAAGGGACCUACUGUAGUGUUUCCAUGGCAACCCGCAUACAUCAGCUCGCACAGCCGAAGCCCAGCCGACUCCAGUACCCAGAUCGUCGUUCUGUGUAUUGGCUGAAUGAGCCGCCGCCUGAGACGACUGCCUCCACCACGAGAAUCGAGUUAACCCCUCGUUGGCUGGCACUAUCGCAAUGUAAAAAGCACAGCACUCAGCUCAUACGUUCUCCUGAGUGGGAGGUGAGUGAAUGGGCUCUCAGGGCCGUUCCAUCCGAGAGGCUGUGUAGUCUGGCUCAACCUUGGGGUCCUGCAGCUGGAUGGCAGCCGGCUCGCCCACUGUUGACACCUUUGAGCAGAGCAACGCAGACGGCCGUGGCCUCGUCCCGGAUUUGCCAGCUUGCUCGGCCCAGGGCAAGGUGGCAUCCCGGCGCCUCGGAUCACGGAGCUCACCCUGCAGCCGGGACCCAUUUGCCCUACAAAGCAUCAGCACACACGGAGCUGCUAGCCACCCCGAAGCGCCAGCAUCCCAUGUUCAAAGGGGAGCGCCCGCUCCGCUGGGCCGUCUCCAGAGCAGUGAUGAACCACAAAGCCAGCCAGAGGGUUCUGGAGCUGUCCGGUCCUAAGGAGAGACGGGCUCUGUUCGACGGGUACGACCCAUACGCGGUCAGCCGGGCGGCCCGCUCUGCCAGCGCCUCGGCCCGCGUGCAGCAGCUGUGUCUGCCUCUGCCCCGCAAAUGCAGCUCGGACGCGUGAUCCCCGGUGAAAGGAUGCUGCGCGCCUUCACUCCACUCCCCCACUAAUAAUAUAAUAAUGUGCUGCCUCAACGGAUUUGUAAUAAAUCUAAUAUUGCACGUAUAA